CCUCAGCUGUGCGUCUCGGUGAGGAGAAUCUCAUAAUCAGGUCACAUUUCAGUGUAGGUCUACCAUCCAUCUCUCACCGCGAGCAACGGAAAUCGGUGUGGAAGAAAUAGCGCAUCCUCAAGCAUCAGAACAGAAUGGUGGUCAGGAUGAGAGAUCUGGGGUGCUUCCUGGUCCCACUGCUAGUGCUAGCUGGGUCCUCGCUGCAAGUGGACGUGAAAAGUGGGAAAGAAACAGAAAAUGCAGGGAAUGUCAUGGAGGAUGAGCAAUGGCUGUCCACCAUUUCCCAGUACAGCCGCAAGAUCAAUCACUGGAACCGCUUCAGAGACGAGGUGGAGGAUGAUUAUAUUCGUACCUGGGAUGACAGACAGGGCUCAGAUGAAACUAUGGACACCACCAAGGACCCAUGCCAGAAAGUGAAGUGCAGCAGACACAAGAUCUGCAUCACCCAGGGCUAUCAGAAAGCCAUGUGCAUCAACCGCAAGAAGCUGGAGCACAGAAUCAAAGAGCCUGCUGUGAAGCUCAAUGAAAUCAGCUGCAAGCCAUGUCCAGUGUCUGUUUCUGCCCCAGUAUGUGGGUCUGACGGGCACAACUAUGCCUCUCAGUGUAAACUGGACCAGCAGGCCUGUUUGAGUGGAAAGCAGCUGAAUGUGAAAUGCACAGGCCAGUGCCCCUGUACCACAGAGCCCACCACAAUGCCAGACACUGAUGCCAAACACGAGAGCUGCACAGGACAAGACUUGGCUGACCUGAGUGAUCGCCUCCGAGACUGGUUCCAGCUUCUGCAUGAGAACGCCAAGCAGAACAGCUCAGGAAAGCCAGGAGCGAUCACGGUGUCUGCUGUAGAUAAGAGUCUUGUGGCCAGCUGCAAGGAUUCCAUUGGCUGGAUGUUUUCUAAAUUGGACACCAACGACGACUUAUUCCUAGACCAGUCUGAACUGGCAGCCAUUAACCUGGACAAGUACGAGAUCUGCAUACGACCUUUCUUCAAUUCGUGUGACACAUACAAAGAUGGACAAGUCUCUACUGCAGAGUGGUGCUUCUGCUUCUGGAGGGAAAAACCACCUUGUCUAGCUGAGCUGGAGAGAAUACAGGUACAAGAGGUGGCCAAAAAGAAACCAGGGAUGUACAUUCCAAAUUGCGAUGAGGAUGGGUACUACAGGAAGCUGCAGUGCGAUCAGAGGAAGGAGGAGUGCUGGUGUGUGGACCAGCAUGGUGGCGAGCUGGCAGGGUCCCGUAUCCACGGCAACCCAGACUGUGAUGAGCUAGUUGGAUAUUCUGGAGAUUUCGGAAGCGGGGUUGGAUGGGAGGAUGAGGAGGAGAAGGAGGCAGAAGAAAAUGCCGAAGAGGCAGAGGAGGAGGAAGGCGAGGCUGGAGAAGCCGAUGACGGGGGCUACAUCUGGUAGAAAACAGAAAACUUGAGUUAGUAAUAGAGUUUUGGUGGCCAUGUUGGGAGGGCAGCUGGUACUCUUUCAGAAAUAAUGACAUACAAUACAGCGUUGACUCUGACGAAGACCAGGCUUCGUCUUAAAUAUAUUACUAACUUAUUUUUUUGCAGCGUAAAAGGUUUUUCCAUUAAGUAGACCUUUACAUUUUACAUUUUCAUCUGAAAGCUGUCACAAAAACAAUUAUAAACUAAUCAGAACAUCUCCUCUCCAUUCCACAGAAAUAUAUAUACUGCAUAUUACAGUAUUCAUACAAGUUUAACAACAGCCAGAGAUGUAAGAAUGAGCAUAUAUCACUUGGCUAGGUCUGCUGAGUACUCUGAGGAUGCUGUUGCUGAAAAUUUGGAGUUUUAUUUUCUUGUUUGCCUGUCACAGACUGGUGUCUCAUAGAGAUUCAGUGCUGUCUCUGCUGAAGCAGCGGCAUGUUAUUUACAAGGCUCAAACUACCUGCCAUGAGAGAAGCAAGCCAACUAUAUACUGUGGAAGCUAAAACUGUAUGGCACUUGAUCUUUAGUUGAAUUAGGCCGGUUAACAGAUGAUGUAUUAUAGAGUUGUCAAUGCAGCAACUAAUGCGUCAUCACAUCAUUCCCAUUGCUGCUGUUUUCACCUGGUUCACCUGCAUGUCACACAAUGGCUAAUCCAGGUGUCACAGAGGCAUUUGUUUGUAAAGCUGUGGAAAUGAUGGAAAAUUGGUCUUGGCUGUUCAAAUAGAACUUCACAAGUCAAUGAUUGACGUUGCCGCAAAGUAGUUUAAUCUGAAAUGACAUUCAAAAACAGCUCAAUCAGCAUUAAAUACUUCAAUACAGUACCGGAGACAAACAUCAGUUCUUCACAGGAAGCUGUUGUUGUUUGCCUGCCUAUAGGAUUAGCCGACUUUUGUUCAUUGCUAAUUACUGGGAGUUCAAAGUCAGGUAUGCUAUGGAAUUCACUUUGACAGGUUAAGAAUAUAAUAAUUCGCCCUGCAUCACACCUAAACCCCCUCAGAAAAGACUUCUUAACCCUUUAGAUUUUAAAAGGACUUUCAGUGCUCACAUUAAAAUUCAAUACCACAUCCAUUUUCUGAAUAUAUAGCUAGGAUUUUUGUAGAAAAACUCACCAACAGGCUGCAUAUUUUUACAUUUUAUACAUGAUAAUUAGACCAAGGAUUUACACCUUUAUUAUUAAAUCUGACGUGGAAAAUGUAACACUGACAUGUUGUGAAGCUCAGGAAUUGAGCAGAUGAAAUAAUAUGAAACUGUUAACACUGCUAGCGAUGUCCAUAUCUCAUUUAGAAAAGCCAGUGAUUACUAACAUAUACCAAAUACCAAACCAUAGUGCCUAUCCUUAAAAACAACUGUAAUAAAGCAGUCAUUCUAAGUCAAUAAAAAAGGCUUUACUUUGAAUGGACACAGAUACCCUCAUACAUAAAGCUGCAUGCCCAACAUUGAUAUCACUAGUUACAUGGAAUGACAGAUUUUGUCAGUGUGAGUUUUAUUCUAUUUGCUUUUGGAUGGGAUCUUAGCCAUGAACUGCAGCCAUAUGUUAGCUUAAGAGUAGCUUAGAGCAGUGGUCUCCAACCCUGGUCCUGGAGAGCACCAAUCCUGCAGGUGUUAUAGGUCUCUUACAUCAUCAAUGGCUAAAGAUCUGGAAUACCUGUUAAUCUUGGCUAAUUAAGCCAAUAAUUGGUUCAAUUAAGCAACUAAGAGCUCAGGUGAAAAGAAAACCAGGAGAUCCUGCAGUUCUCUGGGACCAGGGUUGGAGACCCCUGCCUUAGGGUAUUUACCACAGUCUAGCUGAUAUAAUGUAAUGUACCAUACAGUAGAAAAUCUGUGUUACUUUCUCUAACACCUUCUUGAAAGAUACAUUAACACAUUCCCUUGGGUUAGAAAACAGCAUCCACCAGAAAAGAACAAGAGCAGCAUGUUUAACAUGCUGUUUUAUUGGGCUGAUUGAAUUCAUGUGUAGGUUUUCAGACAUUCUCAUUGCAGUCUGUUAUGUCUAAAGACAUCUAACAUCUAAAGGGCUAAAAAGAGGCAUGUAAUUGAAAAAUUGCUGAGAUGCUGUAUUUGGUGAUAUUCUCCCAUUAUUGAUUGUCCUGUAAGUGGACUUUUGGCACAUUUCCAUCUAUAAUAACCUAAUAACUUAGCUGCUGGAGUUGUUCUGUCAACAGGAAGACACAAGAUCACAAAAAUACUGACAUAUUUACAGCUAUUUUUUUAUUUUCUUAUAGAAAAGUACUGUGGAUUGUGAAAGAGUAUGCUUUUCUGAAGAGUUCUCAAAUAGGCAUAGUACAGAAACAGAAAAAAAGAACCUGACUCCCAACAUGAGACCUUUUUAUAUUGAAAUAAACAUAUUUAUAUUAACCCUAAGAUACACUAAGAUGCUAACAUUUCAGCUGAACAGUAUAGUUCUCAUCUGUAGAAACAAUGGAGCCUCUUCAGCCCAUCACAUUUAUGUUGUUCAGUUGUUUGCACUCUUGAUGUCUGGAAACUCUAUAAGCAUAUUCCUUUUGGUAUCUUCUGCAAUGCCACCCAGUAAAGAUCUAUGAAUUUCUAAAAACAAACCCUCUGAAAUUGGGCACAGAACAGAUCCUUGUAUGCUAAAAGCUAGACCCCUGUACAAUUUGUUUUUUAAAUACACAAGACUAUGAACUAAUUACCAUGUUAUUAACUUGGGUGAAAAACUGUAGCGCUAACUGGCAUUCUAUUAGCUCUAAUUGUAGUGCUUCAUUCAGGUACUAGAUAUUUGAAAAAAUAAAUAAAUUAAUUAAUUAAUACUGUGUUCCCAAAGCUCUUAUAAUUUGUCUACAACUUUAAACAAAACAUAUGUAUGAAUAUUGAACUAAUACAUACUUACAGUGUAGCCUAAAAAAAAAAAAAACUUUUAAAUAGUGUAACUUUAAUCUGACAUUUAAUAAAUUUGCAAAAUAAUAAAAAUUAAAUAAAGCAGUUCAUAUUUGGGGCUUGUGAAUUUGAGCACCAUGGUGCUUUUUGAUUCUCAGUUGAUUGGUAUAAUAUUGAUAUGAGCAGCUUGUAUCUUUUAUCUGAAGCAGUUAAUUGUGUUAGAAACGGUUGCCAGAAACCAAUAAAUAUCCUUCAUUAUAAAAAGAGGAACUCAAGCUGUGUAAUGUAAUAUUUGAGUGCUUUAAAUUAAUAAUAGAUGUAGCCAAGUUGCCUGCAUGAUGACAAAAGAAACACUGGAGAGACAUUAGUUUCAGACAUUAGUAAACAGUAUAUCUGGAUUUCUUUAGAAACAUGAUUAUUUAAUAUGGUUUGCUACAGUUCCAACAAAAAUUGUACACUUACUCAUUUCUGUACAUAAAGUAUAUGUUGUAUAUCCAUGAAAGUAACAUUAUUAUGAAUGGUAAGAACAGAUAAUUGUAUUUAAUGCUAAAGACAGUGUUGUUGUGAUGAAGCAUUUUUACCUGGGCCUAGAUACCUUUUUUGGCAAGGUGGUGCUUUUGCGAUGGUUUGGUUUAAAGUAAAAGGCACCACCUGUUGGAAAAACACUAGAACUGUUGUUUGUUUUUGUUUUUUUUGUUUUUUUCCUUUUUUUUCAUUGUUAUAAAUUAAAUCACCCUGGUCAGAAAUUUGUGUUUUCAAUUCCCAAUCUUGAAAUGUUACACUUCAAGAGUGUGCCACUUUAAAUGCUAUUCCUAUUAUGCUACAUGAAUUACUUUUUGUUAACUAUGUAUGUUACUUGAAGUUUUGUGUAUACUUGAAUUUCCACAAGACACAUUUUCAGAUUCAGUUUUCCAUUUGUUAAUUGUAACUGUUGUAUGUUCAUAAAAAUAAGGUAUCUCUGUUAGAUUUUAGUAGUGCAUGUUAGUGAAGCGUAUGUAGCUUUUCAUGUUUGAGCACUUUAACAUUAAAAGGCAGUGGGCCUCA